AUGGACCUUUCUCCAGUUAAACCCCAAUCUGAUAAUGUUCUAAUUGAUCGCUCGUCUUAUCUUGGAAUUCUUUUAAAUAUCUUAUUAGCUUUAAUAUACUUUGUACUUGGCGCUCUUUCUGUACUACAGUCUUUAUCAGCAUUGGAGUCAAAUAUAUCAGAAAAUGUAUUUGAAACAAAUGGAACAAAAAUCAGGCCUUACUUUCUGAAUGCAUUUUCUGUUGGUAUUAUUUCCAGAUUGUUAUACAUUAUUGUUUAUUUGGUUGUUAACCUAAUACCGAAACUAAUAUCAACUGGACUACUAAGCAAACUAAAUAUAUUAAGGAUCUUUGAUUACCUAAUAAAUAUUAUAUUUGUUGCAUCAUAUUCUAUAGUAAUUACACUCUGGAGUUCAAUCCUGACGGAUUCUAGAAGUUUUGAAUUUCAAACUAUCAACUUACUCAAUUUUGCAUUGUACAUAACUGGUGGGGGAAUUCUGGCAAUUACUCUUCUCACUACUCAAAAAUUACCUUCAGUUUUUAAUAUUCUUUACAUUCUGAUGGGUCUCAUGCAGUUAUUGUGUUCCUAUUUUUGGGUCUACUUUGGAUCUUCCUUAAUAAUAAAUAUUAAAAGGCGCCAAGCCAUGCACAAGGACCUACAAAAGGAUCUAAUUUCAAAAAAUGCAAAUUUUACCUGGAAUACAAACUCUAACGUGAAUACUAACGCCAUUAAUUCUUUUUUUGAUCAAGUUGGGAAUAAUUCUUGGCUCCAAAAUGGAAUCUUAAACAAUAGUCAGGUAUCAAUUAUACAUUUUAAUCAGAAUUCCAAUGCAAUUACUGCUUCAUCAUCUAAUAACUCCAAUAGUUCAAUUUUGUCAGACCUAUUUAUAUACAACAAAGCUUACAGCUCAUCUAUUAACAAGCUCAGGUUUAAAAUUCAAGUUCUUACUUUGGUAUGUCCAUUUUCCUUGCUUAUUUCUAGUUUGUAUUGCUUGCUUAAAGGAUUUGGAAUAGUGAAUUCUAACUCAGAAAUCCUACUAAAUACUGUAUGGACUUCAUUAUACACUUUUUUAGUAGAGACAAUUCCGUCAAUAGCUUUAAUAUAUGGCUUUUGGAGUAGUAAGAAUUCAUUUUUAGGCAAUUCAAUCUAUAAAAGUUAUAAUAAACAUAUCGUAGAAGACAAUUUUAGAUGUUAUACACAAAUCUACUAA